GACUUUUAUUUGAGUUGCACUAAACGUUCUUCCGGAAAUAAUCACCGGACAAACCUUUCGCUCUGUUGUGGUCAUGUUGCGAAAUGUUUUGGCCAGAUUUUUCACUGAAUCGUUUUUUGUUCACCGCACCGUAAAAUACUCGCCUUCAAUUCAGGCAUCUUCAUCUCCUUUUGCGUCAGUGAGGAACUUCACGGACGUGAAGGACGAAUCGCAACAGGAGUUUGACACCUCCUUGCUUGAGUUCUUAGUGUGUCCACUGUCCAAGAAGCCGCUCAGGUUUGAAGUCGCGACCAACGAGCUGAUCAACGACGAGCUUGGCAUCGCAUAUCCCAUCAUCGACGGAAUUCCCAACAUGAUCCCCCAGGAAGCCAGACUUGUACAGAAAGACUCAGACUCACCUGCACAAGAAUAGAAGUGUGCGUCUUGCAUGCUCGGCUCAACCGUUGGCACUCCUCCUCAUAUACAUAUAAAGCCAUCAAAGUGGUGUGAGAGGUGUCGCUAAUCUGCUAAGAGCACUAAUAAUAAUUUGAAGUUUCUCACCCACCUGCAAACAUGUUUUCCUU